GAAAUAAAGUAUGCCUUCAGCCAAAAUUAGAUAACCACAUCAUUAAGUCGUUUAUUAUUGGUUUUUUUAUUGUGUCUUACAUUUACAGAUGGAUCGGACAGAUCGAGCCCAAACGUCAUAUUGAUAAUUAAUCGGUUGAAACUAAAAUAACUUUGUACUUUCUUUUGCCUUGAUCUAAUAAGCGACCCUUUACAACUUAACACGACCUCACAAUGAAGCAUUGACAUCAUUAGCGAGUAAAGUUAACAAGCAAUACCCAUAUGCUAAUUUCUGGACGAAACCAUGCAACCUGAAAGUACCUUAUCCCUCAACAUGGAGUGGCUGGGGUACGAUGCCAUUCGCCUGACACGCAAAGAGGAAACUAUAUCCCAAAGAAGCCACAGAGAUGAGUAUCGGGCCAAUGGCGAUGAGACUCAUGCAGACCUUGAAGAUCAACAGGCAGCAUUCCGUGAUGAGUGGUACACGAAUGCUGGGCAGCUAGAGGGAAUACUUAGCCAGCUAGACAGUCAACUUGAGAACGGACAACUAUUUGCCAAUAUUAACACGUUAUCCGAAACUGACGCAGAUUCGAUUUGCGUAGUUAUAAACAGCUCUCUACAGCAGAAUCAACAAGAGGUUAGCCAAUCGGCCAGGCCGACGAUUGCAAACGGAUUUCUAGCGGCUGACGUUGCCGUAUCGUAUACACAGGUGAUGUCAACGGUCGAAACAGCCAUGACUGAUAAAAAUACAGAAAGUUUUGGAGACUUCAGCGAGACAGGAAGAUAUUUACAGAAUGUUCCUCAUACAUCGACCCAAGCAAACAUCAACGGUCAGACAAUUAGUGAGUCCGACAAACUUGUGCUAAUAAGCGGUUUAAAAGAAAGGGAUCAGCCCUCUUCGAACGAAAGUGGGCGAUUAACAAGAAAAGAACGAACUGCUUUUACUAAAAGGCAACUAAGUGCACUUGAGGAAGAAUUUACCCGACAUAACUACCUCACGCGUAUGAGACGAUAUGAGAUUGCCCAUUCGCUUCAAUUAACCGAAAGACAGGUGAAGGUUUGGUUUCAAAAUCGGCGCAUGAAAUGGAAACGAAAUAAAGGGACCCAAAUGUGCCGAGAAAGGCCAAUCGGAAUUUUGCCACAGAGAACCGCGCUUACACUAGGGCCUUCAGUACAAUGGCAGUCGAUACAGCAGGCUACACCUCAUCUACAGAUCAACAACACUAGGCCCACCUAAAACCUAUCAUCAUCAUCAUCCUCGACGGAUGGUUUCCCGAGCACUACAAGCUUUGCAUUUAUUUAAAGUCCACUCUUGCUAGCAAGUACUUUGAAUAGCAGUAGUUCAGGUCGAACCUUAUUUUUCCAUGAACUAUUAUAAUUAUCAGUUGUAUAGUAAUAGAAUACAUGCCGAAAAUCUAUAUAGUAAUCGUAAUGUAGACAUUACACUUACAUGACAUGUACAUAUUUACACCACACACGCAUAGUUAUAUAUGGAUGUCUGGUAUAGAUAAGACCAUGCAGUACGCAUUGCACUACCCUGAACUGUCGAUUGAAGCGUACACUUCAAAUUAUGUGAUCCUCGUAAGAGUAAGAUAAAAUCUCAUGGAGGCACAAGUGACAGGCCGCAGCUAUAGCUUUAUGUAAAAAUU